AUGACAAACAGUGUUACACCAUUGCCUCCAGCUGAUGCAAAUCAUGCUGAAGAUGUUUACAGUGGAAUGGAAACCACUAUCCCAGAGGGAGGACCUGACGAUGCAGCUUCUGUAUCCACCACUUCCUCAAGGAAAAAGGCAGCCACCUGUUGCUUUUGGUGGGCAGGAGCCGGCACAGCCUCCAAGACUGCAGUCAUGAUUGUGGCUCUUGCACUCUUGGCUGGGAUUGUCACAACAGUGGCAGUCCUUUCCAGGAAGGGGCGGACAGAUUCGGCACCCACUUCCAGCAGCAGUCCUGGCAAUGCCUCAAUUGGAUUUGAUCCCACAUCACCAGUCUUCACUCCUCCCUCCUGCUCUGAUGCUGACUUGCUAGAAGAAAAGAUUGGUUAUGUUGAACUUAGUAUCCAAGGUUUACCACCUCAUGCCCUUCCUCACCAAAAGCAUGUCUUGGAGAACCUAUUCCGGGAUGUGUACAACACAAUCUCUGGAAUGUGUCUGGAUUCCAUGUCUAGAAUUAUGCUUGAUGCCAACCUCACAAGGUGGGAGACUGAUGGGCAGAUCUACAGUGUUAAUGACACCUACGUCAGCAACAGGACCAUCACUACUAACACAACCAUGGAAAAGUAUGAUAUUGCAGCUACCCAAUCUAUCACCACCACCUACUGGGAAUCCAAAUUACAGUGUGUGGAUUGUCCAGAGGGUGAGCCCAUGUUUGAUCUUUGGUUAGAUUUCUUUGCCCUAUUUGUUGCAUCCUUCAGCUACAACUUGGCUCCAUACUUUCAGGCUAAUGGUGCCCUGCCUGUCAGUGGGGUCACUGUGCAUGAUACUGGUAGUAGCUUCGUCCAGCAAGAAACCAAGGCAAUCCUAGGAUACACAAAGCUGGGAGAUGUUGUAGUCCUUGUGGUUGACUUGCGCCUGAUUCAAGAUGCUACCAUUGAAGUGGAGGAGAAUGGCGGUACACCUGUAGCACCCUUCAUUGGCAAUGGCCUGGUUGAGAUUCAAGGUUGCUUUGGGACUGGCCUACAAGAUGGAGCUACAAGAAUGAGACCCUCAUCUCCGUUGUGCAGCUCUAUGUUGGAAACAGCGGAAGCAUCAGGAGCUUCUGCUGAGACUGUUAUGGAGUGUUCCAACAAUCCAACUUCAUCUCAAGAGUGCCAGAGGCUAUUGCCUGGCUUGCUUCUGGAACUGUCACCUGAUCCUUCCAAAGAGUCCAGUGAAGAUGACUUGAGCCCGAAUGUGUUUGACCUAGAAGAUGCUGAAAAUCCUACUGCUGUUGGGCAUCUUGAUUUGUUGGCUAGUGUACCCACAGUUGUAACAUCAGGCACUCACCUUCCCUCUACUACAGGUUCCAACACUACAGCCAUUGGAUCGGCUCCUUUAUCAAGUCCAGUGAAUUUGGCAGUAAGUCCUGUUGCAACUGCAUUGGCACCAUCAGCCUAUGAUUCUGCCCGAGCGGGAAUACGUGAACCAAGUGCUUCCCCUGCUGGUCCAUUUAAUCAACUAGAUGACUCUCUUGGAAGUCGCAACGAGCCAACACUUGCGGCAAUGUGGGUCAAUGAUCCUGCUGGUUCUCAGUUUCCUACUUCAGAAACCACAACUGAGACUACUUCUGACAACAGUUUUGGACAAAUUCCCUUGUCACCUACCAAUCCCCUUGUAGAACAACCCAGACCGACUAUAUUGGCACAGUACUCGCCAAUCCCAUCAAGCAUGGCACCUGGUCAUACUCUGGGAAGCCACCCUGCUGUCACCAUCACUCCAAGCAGUCCAAGCAGUCCAGGCAGUGACAACCAAGCUAAUGGUCCUCAAUUGCAACCAAACCUGCCACCAAAUCCUACAUCGGAAAGCAAUCCAACCAGCCCAGUUGCUUCUUUCAGUCCAGCUGGUGCUCGUGCAGAACCAGCCAGUCCCACUGUGAAGAAUUCACCAACCAGUUCCUUUGACUCAUCUGGCGCACCUUCAACAUCAUCAUCAUCAUCAUCAUCUAGUUCUGAUCAUACAGUAGCGAUCACUACCACAACUAAUCCCUCUGCAGGCAUCAUGCCUUCUUCUUCUUCAUCCAUCACCAUCACACUUCCUCCAGUGACUCAAGAACCAACAGGUCGCCCAACUGCAAACACCGUGACAUCUUCUCUGUCCAUAACCAUUACUCUUCCUCCAUUGACUCAAGAGCCAACAGGAGAACCAACUCCAGAACCAUCACCUGAGCCCACUGCGGAGCCCACACUGAGCCCAACCCCAGAGCCCAUGCCACAUCCAACAUCAGAGCCAUCUACGGCCCUUGUAACCAGCUCGCCAACCUCUAGCCCUUUGACUUCUCCCUCCACAGCACGACCCUUUCCCCCAUCAUCCAGCACAACUGUUAAACCCACUAUGUCUCCAGCUAUGUCACCAUUGCAGGCACCAUCAGAAGCACCAUCAGGACAACCACCAAACCCAUCUGCCCCACCAAACACAUCUGCACUGCCCACUAGAUCUCCAGUUAGGUCACCAUCGCAUGCACCAUCAGGAGAGCCAUCUACUGUUGCCAACCAUGGGUGUGGCUUUGUUGAAGAGCAACAAUUAUAUUAUGUAUUCAGCUCAACAGAUAUUGGCGGCACUGGACCUGACACGCUAGUGAAUGCCUUUGCUAUGGGAUACCAAGCAGUGAGCAAAAAAGAAUGUUCUGCAGUGCUACUGGACAUAGAGCUGCUUGCACCAACAGGUCAACGUAGACUGCAAAUUCCAUCUUCCCCUGCAACACCAUUUCUUAUUAUGUCGAGACAGCCAAGUGGGUCCAGCCUUUUCCCAUCAGUCAAUGAUGAAGCUGCUUUCAUUGAAGCAUUUACCGUUGCCCUGGGGUUGCCAGGUGUAGCUGCCACAGCUGUCACACAAUCCACUCAGGCUCCAACUAUGGCACCCACAACUGGAAGCCCUACGGUUACACCCGGGAGUCCCUCACUGGCUCCCACCACCGAGAGUCCCACAACAGGAACACCCACCGGUAGUCCCAGUAGUCCCUCAUUGGCCCCCACCACGGCAAGUCCCUCUACAACACCCACACUUCUCUCCCAACGUCACCCCUGGUUCUCCCACUGUCAGUCCACAACUGUGACACCAUCUGCUGCCCCACAACUGGAAGCCCUACGGUACUCUGGGAGUCCUCACUGGCUCCCACCACCGAGAGUCCCACAACAGGACACCCACCGGUAG